UCGUGGUCACGUGUCACUUGUCAUGCGGUCUGGUCAGGUGACUGUUUGGUCUUAACGCCACUUUAAGAUGGCUUUUGUGUUUUGUGUGUUGCUCCUGUGCUCUGUCAUCGGCACUGCUAAAAUAACACUUGCGUCGAACCGCACGUUUGACAUAGAUUAUGAGAAGGAUUGCUUUCGUAAGGAUGGCCAGCCAUUCCGCUUCAUCUCUGGUAGUAUCCACUACAACCGGAUUCCCAAGGUUUACUGGAAAGAUCGGCUUCUUAAGAUGUACAUGGCUGGGCUGAACACGAUUCAGACGUAUGUGCCCUGGAACUAUCAUGAGCCUUUUCCUAAUAAGUACAUCUUUGAAGGGGAUCAUGACCUAGAGCAGUUCCUCCAGCUGGCGAAUGAUACAGGAUUGUUAGUAAUUCUGAGACCAGGGCCCUACAUAUGUGCAGAAUGGGACAUGGGGGGAUUACCUGCUUGGCUGCUUAGGAAGAAGGAUAUCGUUCUUCGCUCCUCCGAUCCAGAUUAUAUUAAAGAAGUGGAUAGGUGGAUGGGGAAAUUACUUCCGAUGAUCAAACCUUUUCUCUAUCAAAAUGGAGGCCCAGUUAUUACUGUUCAGGUGGAGAACGAGUAUGGCAGCUACUUUGCAUGCGACUUCAACUACCUCCGGCAUCUUGCCCAGCUCUUCCGGUACCACCUGGGAAACGAGGUGGUGCUGUUCACCACAGACGGUGCAGGUGUUUCUUAUCUGAAAUGCGGUUCCCUGCAGGACCUCUAUGCAACAGUGGAUUUCGGUGCAGGUGGGAAUGUAACCGCUGCUUUUGAGGCACAACGACACGCAGAACCUCAUGGACCACUGGUGAACUCCGAGUUCUACACUGGUUGGCUUGACCACUGGGGGGAGCCACACUCACUUGUGCCCAAAGGGAUCGUGGCGAAGUCGCUUAGUGAGAUACUCGAGACGGGAGCCAGCGUGAAUCUAUACAUGUUUAUUGGAGGAACAAAUUUUGGAUACUGGAAUGGCGCUAACACUCCUUACGCCCCCCAACCGACCAGCUACGACUACGAUGCUCCCCUCACUGAGGCCGGCGAUCUCACAGAAAAGUACUUUGCUAUACGGGAUGUCAUCCGAAUGUACAAUAAAGUUCCAGAAGGCCCCAUACCUCCAUCCACGCCAAAGUAUGCAUACGGACCUGUCAAGAUGAAAAGGCUGAGAAGCGUUUCUGAUGCCGUUGACCUUCUGUCCUUCUCCGGGCCUGUGUAUAGCACCUACCCUGUGACGUUCACUGACCUGCAGCAGAGCUCGGGCUUUGUCCUGUACCGGACCAAGCUGCCAAUAGACUGCAGUAUGCCGACCGCACUGUCCUCACCUCUGAAUGGAGUCCAUGACCGCGCCUAUGUUUCAGUGGAUGGGGUCGCGUCAGGCGUAUUGGAAAGGGACAAGUGUCAGACCAUCAAUGUCACUGGGAAGACUGGAAGUCAACUGGACAUUCUGGUGGAGAAUAUGGGGCGAGUCAAUUAUGGGAAGAACAUCAAUGAUUUUAAGGGUCUGAUCACCAACCUUACUCUGGGCUCUGAGGUGCUCACGGCCUGGCUGGUGUACAGCCUGAGCAUCGACGAGGCUGUCAAAGAAGGAGUGCUGACGAGAGGCGGCCAGGCCGAGGACCCACGAGCUUCAGGGUCGCCCCUCUCUGUCCCUACGUUUUACGGAGGCAGCUUCAGCAUCCCCAGCGGCAUUCCGGACCUGCCACAGGACACCUACAUCCAGUUCCCCGGCUGGACCAAGGGGCAAGUCUGGAUCAAUGGCUUCAAUCUGGGUCGGUACUGGCCCAAACGUGGGCCUCAGGUCACCCUCUACGUUCCAGCUCACAUCCUCGUCACGAAAGCCCCCAACAACGUGACGCUGCUGGAACUGGAGGGGGGUCCCUAUACACCCACCUGCACCGUGGAGUUCACCUCCAGCCCAAUCCUAAACGGCACAGUGGAUCACACCCUAGGGUAUAACUUUAGACUCUUUAAUAAAGCUGACUUGUCCUGAUGGACUGAAAAGUGCACAAAUCCACGUUCUCUUGUGACUAGCUUUGAUUUCACCUUACUAAUAAUGCUGUUUUAUCAGAAACUUUGAAGAUUAUUGUAUUUGAUGUCAGGAAUUUGGUUACCUUGAUCAUCAGACUGUAGUAGCCAUGCAAUGCAAUGUUUGUCAUUAAUUUAUUUUAAAAAAAUUGGGAAUAUCUGAUUAUAAAGGGAUUUUUGGUCUACCAAUCAGCUGUAAUUUGUCGGAUGUUUAAUCUAUGAGAGAGAGAUUGCUACAAAUAUCAUUACAAAAAAUAUGGUUGAAGAACAUCAGAUGUGUCUGUUAUCAACUGCUGCUGUAGUACUUAGUCACGAUCCUCUGUUGUGUCUCUUGAACCUUGUUGUCUAUUCCUCAAGGAAAUUUCAAAAGGAAAUUGGGAGUCAGCUGUACAACAAGCUGAUUUAAACGUUUACUGAACGAGCGAACAACAUUUAAAUGUUCAAGGCUAGUGCCAAGCAGAGUUUACAUGUUUGUUUACUGUGGGGUUACUUGAGGACAUGAGGACAAAAGCUCCUUAUUUUGUAAAUCUGUGUUAAAUCACCUCUUCAAUGGAUUUUAAUGGGAUUUUGUAUUUAUAUAAAUGAGAUUUUAAAGAUCA